CACAAGAGCAGAGCCCUCUCCUAUGAAGAGAGGAGGGGAUGGCUGGGUGUCAGAGACUUCUUCAAUGUCCUCCUCUUCCUCCUCAUGUAGGUAGGUAUUCAAAGAGCUAGCACAAACAAGAUACUAGCCAACAAUGGCUUCCUCGGUGUUGCAUUGAUGAGUGACCCGGAGAAAGCAUAAAUAGAGAGCUAGCUAUCCGGUGUUCUUCUCCAAGUAGUUAUUCAUUCCUUCUCUGCUCUACUUCUACUUCUGCUGCGUCUGUUCCCUUGGCUAUCUUCAGCCUCUCUGGUUUUCCCUUCUUGUUUCUGCAUUCCAUUUCAUUCUCAUUCACUAGAUCUUCUCAUUGCCCGCCCGCCUGCCUGUCUGGCUGCCUGCCAUGGAAUCCUCCCAUAUCACCGGGGAUGGUGGCGAGGGCUGCAACAGCAGCGAGUCUGGGUGGACAAUGUACCUGGUCUCCCCCAUGCAAAGCCGCGACGACGACGAUGGUGGUAGCCGCAAGGGAAGCGGCAGCGAUGGAAGCAAUGUCGAUGAUGGUUAUGGCUACACUUACCUCGUCCGUGGCAGGAAAGGAGGCAAGGAAUACCAGGACGAUGGCGAUGACAACGACUCCCUUGCCUCCGAUGCUUCGACUGGACCAGCCAAGGUCAAGGCGCAGCCCUCGUCGCCUGACGGCAAAGAAAGCCAAGGCCAUCGAAAGGACGGUGACAACAACGGCGAGAAGCGGGAGGAGGACGAGGAAGAAGAAGACAGGCACACCAGGUUCUCGACGAGCUCCCGCAAGAAAGCCGGCAACAAGGCGGAGAAAGGGGGCGAGGGCAAGUCAUCCAAGAAGAAGGGAAGCUCCUCAAGGACAAGCUUCUUUUGGUAAACCAAAUGCUUCAGAAUCAUUGUUCUGUACUACUAGUAGCAAAUAGCAAUAUGUAUGUGCCUUAUGCAUCAUCGGUCGAUAUUUUCCAUUUGUUGUUGAAGAUGGGAAUGCAUCCCUCAUUGCUAGGAGCAUUGGAGAAGAGGGAGGAAGGCUUUUUUUGGGUCCUCAGUUUUGCCUUCCGUAGUGUUCUCCCAUGGUUGACCACCCCCCCAAUUACUAGUAGGGUUAACUGUUGCUGCCAUGUAAAUCUACUGCAACCUUCGGUUAUUAUUAUUAUUAUUCAAUGCCUUCCUGCUUUUA